UUAAAAGGGACAGCAUUUAGUCUCUCAACCAUCUUAUUUACUUAACUGAGGAGAACUGUCCCUUUUUCCAUACGCUGUGUUUGCCACCAUAAGGCCAUCACUUCUCCUUUCCAUGAAGCAAGAAGGAAGGCAUCUUCCCAGGUUGUUUGGGAUUGGUUCAAAAUCGAUUAGAUUAAACUGAUUUGAUCAUGCUUUUGGUAUCCAAAAGGUGAUUAUAUACUGGCUUUUUUAGUAUUUUAGGUUUGAAGAGAAUUUCUAGUUCAGCUAAACUUUUAGUUAACUUGACGCUAUUUUGGGCAUUUCCUGCCUUCUGUUGGUUCAGUUUAAUGGCAGUUAGUGCCAAUAACUUUAAUCCCUCUGCCUCGUCAGACUAGCAUAGUUGGGUUAGUACACUCAUACCCAAUAGACAAAAUAAUUUAACUCUAAGUACGUCUUAACUCAGUGCUCUCACAAAGAGCAUGGUAGUGGGAUGAGACGUCUUCAGGGGGUUGCUUGACAAGAUAACGAGAAGAAAAUGGGAUCUCAUCCUUGCCCGCAGUUCGGAGCAAAAGGACAUUCCACCCAUCCUAACCAAGCAUAUGAGAUGGCUAAGCAACUGAAUGCCAAUUCUGCAUGAAACCUCAUUCUUGACUGUCUAUCCUGAAGUACUGAGAGAAAUCAGGCUCUUAAAAAUUGUAUGCAGUUUGCGCUACACAGAUGUGGAGUUUUGCGUCUCUGGGAAAGAAGAACCCUCCAAAUUGCACCUCUCCACACGCUGAUUGCUCAGAUGACGAGGCAUCUUCAUGCACAAGCAAGGAAGAAGGCCUAGAAUGCCCAAUAUGUUGGGAGUCCUUCAACAUAGUGGAAAAUGUGCCUUAUGUACUAUGGUGCGGACACACCAUGUGCAAAAAUUGCAUUCUGGGCCUUCAGUGGGCUGUUACCAAAGUUCCCACAGUACCAAUACAGCUACCGUUCUUUGUAUCCUGCCCCUGGUGUAACCUCCUAUCGCUCCGCAUAAUUUACAGAGGGAAUCUCACAUUUCCACGCAAGAACUACUUCCUCCUUUGGAUGGUUGAGGGAAUGAAUGGUGAGCGGGCCAGAUCAAGAUCUUCUAGCGAGCAACCUACUACUUGGCUCUCAAGUGGCAGCAGGGCAAGUGGAAAUGCAGGUACUUCCAACCCCGUUAGACGUGCGCUCCCUCCACAGGUUGAACCGUCCUCCUCCAGUGUGAACCGCACCAAUCGUAGGCCCCCGCUCCUGAAUACAGAGAGGGUGCAAGCUUCACUGCGCAAGUCUUUGUCAUUCUUGGUUCACCUGACCGCCAAGUUCCCGCUGGUGUUCAUUUUCGUCCUCAUAGUGCUCUAUGCUAUCCCUGCCAGCGCAGCUGUGUUGCUGUUGUACAUUGUUAUCACGGUGUUGUUUGCGCUGCCUUCCUUCUUGAUAUUGUAUUUUGCUUAUCCUAGUCUAGACUGGCUCGUUAGAGAAAUCUUUGCUUGAGAUUUCAUCCCAAAAACACUAGGCGGGUUAUGUCAGUGCUGACCUGGGAUCUAAUACAUGUAACUGAACUGAACCUUUCUAGCUUUUCUAUUUUCUUGACACUGUAAGUGCGAAUAUUCGUGGAAAUGUUUCUCAAUCUAGUGCAAACUAUCACGAUAUCUGCUUCUUUGUA